GGGAGCGAAGGCUUCAAACUCGGCCUGCCAGACGCCGCCACAGAGCGGAGCAGCGGCUCACGUGAGGUUCUGUAGACAGUCACAAUGGGAAGCAAAGGAGGAUUUGUCCUGCUCUGGCCCCUACUCAUCCUGGCUGUCCUCUGCCAUUCAGGUUAUAGCCUGCUGUGCUACAGCUGUCUCCCAACAGGCCAUCCCUGCACCCAGACCACCAAUUGUACAUAUCCUCUGAAUUCAUGUCUCUUUGUCCAAGCCGAGUCAAGAAAGUAUUACCAUUGUUGGAGGAUGUCAGAUUGCAACUUCCAGUAUAUUUCAAAUGCCUUGGAGGAGAACAAGCUGCAGUACAGCUGCUGCCAGAAAGACCUGUGUAACGGUCAUCCUGGGAUGACCUUCCCAGGAAAAACAGCUCUGCUAAUGGCCCCACUGCUGGUGGCAGCCUGGAACCUCUGUCUCUAAAUUCACACCAGGAGGGCUUCCCCUAAACUCAUUUUGGUAUAUUCCCCUUUUCCUUGCCACUUCAUUUCAAAGGCUUUAUUUUUCCAAGCAGAUCCUGUUGGGGAAGAAUAUAAAAUUAGUUUGAGCAGUUUGUCUAAGAGAGAGGACACUGAGAGACUUUGAAGAUCAGUCCUUUUCAGGGGGGCACGUGUGACAUGAGGAGCUAGGUUCCUCUGCUCUUUGGAGGACCAGCUUUGCCUUAACAGCUUAGGUAGCUUCUCUGCAGUAUUCAGUUAUUUCCCCUCUGGUUCCUUGUGUUACCCAAUUAGGGUUCGUGCCUUGGAGCAGUUGAGCCAAUGAAACAUACUCCAAGUCAGAAAGAGUGAGAAAGUUUAUAAAGGAGAUGUAUACAUUACCGGGGACCCAGCAGCAACACAGAUCGUCUCUAUGGAGUCCCAAAGAGCAAUUUUAAAUUAUAACUUGCACACACUUUUACAAGGGUUAGAAGUGCCUUUGUAGUUAUUUGGCUGGAGGUAUGCUCAAGAGGAGUUAUUCAUUACAGCAUAGUGACAAAAGAUACCUGCCAGACAUCUCUUUAUUAGGUUAAAGAUAUACAUACCAGAUACCUGGGUGAUUUUCUUGUGGGGGCUGUCAGCCACAGGUGGUCGGACAGAACAAAAGGUUAUUUGCAUCAGGUAAAAACAAAAAAGAGUCAUUAACACUAGGUCAAAACAAAGUCAUUAACAGAGGUAUGUGAAGGAGGAGGCAGGCAGAGCAAGGAGAAGAACUUAUAGGUUCAUCAUGGUUUAUCAUGGCAUUAGUUACGUCAAACUCUCAGUCACCCAUUUUGAAAAAGGAGAAAACAUGCUUGGGAGUAUUGGGGUCACACUUGGGUAUAGUUAAAUAGUAUGAUCAGUACUUUGUGGGGCGGGGAGGGGGAGAAGGACCUUUUUUAACAUUCUCUUUCUUGUGGAAUGCUUUCAUGCUUUCCUGUCACGGCCCCUGUGUUGCCAUGCAGACCUGGUGAAUGUUCUGGAUGGUGGGCCAUCUGCCGGGGCAAAAAGAUUCUUAAUGCUGAGUGAUUGGAAUGACUGUGUAUUUCAAUGAGAAGGUGUGUGGCAAGGAAGAGGGGAGGGUAAGCUUUCCAGAUGGGAGGGAAUGGAAACACAAAGUUAGUUUGCUGAAAAAUUUCAUCCCUAACUUUUGUAUGGGCUUUGCUGUCUUUCACUAGAAAAACUUAGAGAAUAAAUUAAUAGGGCUUUUAAAGCUAUUUUUCUCCCCCUCUCCCCCCAGUGAUGUAAUAUCUUGGCUUUGCUACAGUUAAAUAAUAAAUAUUUUAUGCUACAUGUAUUAAGUAUGUUUAUGUUAAAAGUUACUGGUAGGAAAACUCUGUGUCUGUAUAUAGUAUGAAUGCGAAGGAACAGCCUUUAGGGUUGCAGUUUGGGACUUCCAAAUGCCAUCAUUAACAGCAACAGAUCUGAAGGCAUGUCUUUUCCCUGCCCAUCCAGCCUGUUGACUCUUGGCUGAUUUAGCACAGAUUGUAAGGGCUACUAGCAUAACAGGCUUUCUGGGAAGCUCUACUGGUUUCCUAAAAAAAUGAUAACACCCCUUUCGGGAGGGUGGAGUUGUUCCUUUUUCCUGUGGGUACUGGUGAAUAAUUCUCAAGAUCUGGUAGACUUAGUGAUAUUUAUAGCCUUAUGAGCUUGUCUGUCUUUGACAGCAUAGCCUGAUUUUUGCAAAUGAAAAUGGAAGUCUUAAUGAAAUUAAGUUUUUUUUUUUUAACCCCUUGAUUAUAUAAUCUGCUAGACAAACUGGAAGAGCUAAUGGUGACUUUCUGAAAAUGAAAUCUAAUCAAAUGGAUAUGAGUGUGGUUAUUGGCCCAAAAGGAUAAAAGCAUAUGCAAUAUACCCAGUGUUAGCAACUGGAAGAAGAGGUCUUGGGCAGUACUGGUUCUUUUCUGUUGAGGCCAUUACUUGACCAUCGACAGAGAUUGCCUCAUCAACACCUGUGUUCCCCUGGU